AUGAUCUGCAUCCUAAAAGAUGCAUUAGACGACGUCGUAGGUAUGCGUACAAUUGGGACUACGACCGCGAUCGUCAUAACGAUACAGUUAGAGUAUAGUGAUGAGGAUUACUCAAGCAGUACGGAAUUCCUGGCGGGCACCGUGGACACCCAGUUCAUCGACGAGAACCCGGAGCUCUUCCAGCUGCGGCCCGCGCAGAACCGGGCCCAGAAGCUGCUGCACUACCUCGGACACGUCAUGGUGAAUGGCCCCACCACCCCCAUCCCCGUCAAGGCCAGCCCCAGCCCCACAGACCCUGUCGUCCCUGUGGUGCCCAUAGGCCCACCCCCCUCUGGCUUCAGAGACAUCCUGCUGCAGGAGGGGCCCGAGGGCUUCGCGCGAGCUGUGCGGAACCACCCGGUGCUGCUCAUGGACACGACCUUCAGGGACGCCCACCAGUCGCUGCUGGCCACUCGCGUGCGCACCCACGAUCUGAAGAAGAUCGCCCCCUAUGUCGCCCACAACUUCAGCAGGCUCUUCAGCGUGGAGAACUGGGGCGGCGCCACGUUCGACGUCGCGAUGCGCUUCCUCUACGAGUGCCCGUGGCGGCGGCUGCAGGAGCUGCGGGAGCUCAUCCCCAACAUCCCGUUCCAGAUGCUGCUGCGGGGAGCCAACGCCGUGGGCUACACCAACUACCCCGACAACGUGGUCUUCAAGUUCUGUGAGGUGGCCAAAGAGAACGGCAUGGACGUCUUCCGGAUCUUUGACUCCCUCAACUACUUGCCCAACAUGCUGCUGGGCAUGGAGGCCGCGGGCAGCGCCGGGGCCGUGGUGGAGGCGGCCAUCUCCUACACGGGCGACGUGGCCGACCCCAGCCGCACCAAGUACUCGCUGCAGUACUACAUGGGCUUGGCGGAAGAGCUGGUGCGCGCCGGCACGCACAUCCUGUGCAUCAAGGACAUGGCCGGGCUGCUGAAGCCGGCGGCCUGCACCAUGCUGGUCAGCUCCCUCCGGGACCGCUUCCCCGAUCUCCCCCUGCACAUCCACACCCACGACACGUCGGGGGCGGGCGUGGCAGCCAUGCUGGCCUGCGCCCAGGCUGGGGCGGACGUCGUGGACGUGGCGGCUGACUCCAUGUCUGGGAUGACCUCACAGCCCAGCAUGGGGGCCCUGGUGGCCUGCACCAGAGGGACUCCGCUGGACACAGAGGUGCCCCUGGAGCGCGUCUUUGACUACAGCGAGUACUGGGAGGGGGCUCGGGGCCUGUACGCCGCCUUCGACUGCACCGCCACCAUGAAGUCUGGCAACUCGGACGUGUACGAGAACGAGAUCCCCGGCGGCCAGUACACCAACCUGCACUUCCAGGCCCACAGCAUGGGGCUGGGCUCCAAGUUCAAGGAGGUCAAGAAGGCCUACGUGGAGGCCAACCAGAUGCUGGGAGACCUCAUCAAGGUGACGCCCUCCUCCAAGAUCGUGGGGGACCUGGCCCAGUUCAUGGUGCAGAACGGGCUGAGCCGGGCGGACGCCGAAGCCCAGGCCGAGGAGCUGUCCUUCCCGCGCUCCGUGGUGGAGUUCCUGCAGGGCUACAUCGGCGUCCCCCACGGCGGCUUCCCCGAGCCCCUGCGCUCCAAGGUGUUAAAGGACCUGCCCAGGGUGGAGGGGAGGCCGGGAGCCUCCCUCCCCCCGGUGGACCUGCAGGUGCUGGAGAAGGAGCUGGCAGAGUGCGUCUGCAGUCUGCUGGUGCUGGGGGAGGACCCACAGCCAGGCCCCGCCCCUGGGGGCAGAGGGCCAUACCCUUUGGAUAUCCGCUCCCUUCUCGUGGUCCCUGGGCUUCAACUAGCUCUGGCUUCAAUCCCCUACAAAAAUUCCUGA